CCGGUGCGAAGGCGCUCGAAAAACCGGGAGUGCCUCGACCUGCCCACGCGGCAGCGGGAGUCUGCGUUAUUCGGAAGGGUUCGUUGCGAAGAACAAAAAUAAGGCUUAACGAGUGGGUUGCGUGGAAUACAUUUUCUAUCGUCUGCUUCAAAAUGGUGACGGAGGUCUGGAUGGCAGCGGCGGUGCGUGACCGGGGAGCAGACGACUGACAUGGACGCGGAGGAGCGGCUCUCGGGCCAUCGGCUCAAACGGACGCUGCACUGCGUGAUCGCAGUCCUGCUGGGCGCCUCACUCCUCUGGUUCUUCUCGGGUCGACAAGAGAUCCGGGACGCCGUCCCGCCGCCAUCUUGUCCGCAGCGCCCCGCAGCGGAGAGAGCCGCGUCGGCCCGCCUGCUGUACAACCGGGUGCCCAAGUGCGGCUCGACGACGCUGGUCCACCUGCUGAGGAGGCUGUCAAAGAGCAACGGCUUCAGCCACGUCCACUCGAAGACGUACAACCAGAGACUGCUCUCUCCCGAGCAACAGGCCCAGUUUGUGCGAGACAUGUCGGCUGCGCCGGCGCCUUACAGCCACGACAGACACAUCUAUUUCGUCGACUUCGGACAGUUCGGCCGUCCUUCGCCCGCGUACGUGAACGUGAUUCGGGACCCCGUGGACAGGCUGGUGUCCUCCUUCUACUACCGGCGAGCCGUGGCCACCGGAGUGCAGGGCACCGGCAAGCCCAGCAGGUUCUGGCUCUCCAAGAGUUUCGAAGAGUGCGUGCGAAGGGGCGACGAGGAGUGCACCUUUGCGGCUGGACAGACGCACCGUUCGCUCAUGAUGCCGUACUUCUGCGGCCACGACGUUCGCUGCACGACGGUGGGAGACCCAUGGGCCCUGCGCACUGCGAUGGAGCACGUGGACCGGCACUUCGUCGUGGUCGGGGUGCUGGAGGACAUGAAUGCCACCUUGGCUCUGUUCGAGCGACGGCUGCCCGCCUUCUUUAGGGGCGCUCUGCAGCUGUACCGCCAAUUCGCGUUGCACCAGAACCGGAACGAGCGUAGGAAGCCGGUCCCUGCGGAGAUCCGGGACCAGCUGCGGCACAACCUGAGCACCGAGUACCAGUUGUACGGCCUGGUCAGGCAGCGGCUCUACUCCCAGCUGCGGACGCUCCGACUGGAGGACGCCCGUGCCUCGACGAGGCGCUGAACGCCGACACGGCAUCGCAGCGAGUGCAGGCGGCCGAAUACUGCACGAACCCGUCGAGACGAAUGACACGAACCUGACACCUGGUCCAGAAGACUUCCACGAGCUCACUGAUGGCCUCGAAUUUCAGGAUAGCUCUUAGCUCCAGACAUUAUGAAAUGCGAGUGAUUGUGUGUGUUUGCGUGUGUGUGUGAGGGGGGGGGGGGGGGGAUUACUUGGCAAGAAUAUGGCAUGAUUAAGUAAGUAGCCUGCGUUCAAAAUUGGUGUACGGGCAGGGGCGGAUUUAGAAGGGGGGGGGGGGGGGGGGGGGGCGGAUGUCCUGACCCCCUUUUGAUUUCUGCAUGCGUAAAAAUUUAGGGCGUGGAAACGGGGGAGGGGGGGGGGGGGGGUUCUAAACAUAUGGUACCCUGACCAACACCUGCCCCUCCCCCCCCCCUCCCCCUCCCCUCUAGAAAUUUCUGCAUCCGCCCCUGUGUACGGGUGUCCCAGAAAAACAAAAUGUACUGCAUUUUUUAAUCGCAAAAGUAAACUACUCAUCGCCGUGA